AUGAAGCAGCUUUCCUCCUCAUGCCCUGCAAAGAUUGGCACCAUGGUUGUUGUUGUUGUUGGGGCUCUGCUGUUUCAUCUCGUAGUGACAGCAUUGGCCGCGCCGGUAGCCUUGCCUGGCUGCCCCGAGACCUGCGGCAACGUCACCGUCCCUUACCCUUUCGGCAUUGGCCACGGCUGCUUCCGCGAUGGCUUCGAGCUCGCCUGCGACGAGACGCACCCUGCUGCACCACCGAAGCUGCGUUUCGCAAGAAACGGCGUGGAAGUGAUCGACAUCUCCCUGCCGUCCGGCACGGUGAGAGUCGCCACCAGGAUGCUGGGCACGGACUCCUCGUCGUCGCUGCCGCGGCAGCUCAACGGCUCGUGGCCGGCCGGCCUGCCGGCAAAUGGCUCCCUGGCGGUGUCGACCAGGCACAACCGGUUCGUCGCCAUGGGCUGCAACCUCCUCGCCAACCUCGUCGCCAACGACGACGACGACUACAUCAGCGUCUGCGCCGCGCUGUGCGUGGUCCGAUCCGCGCUGCCGAGGGACGCCGCCGCCGCCUCAAGCUGCUCCGGCUUCGGCUGCUGCCAGACGCCGGUGGCGAGGGGCCUCCCGUCCUACGGCGUCCACCUCAACGACCUGACCCAGAGGUCGGUCACCGUGGGGUCGUACGGGGCGGCGUUCAUCGCCGACGGCGAGUGGUUCGCCGGCGAGCAACGCUCCCUGCAGCUCGGCUUCGUCGCUGACCCGCGGAAGCUGGCCGACUCGACGGCGGUCCCGACGGUGCUGGAGUGGUCGCUGGACAUGGACCGCGAUCAGGACAUGUUCUGGUACGACACCAGGGUCUCUCAAUGGACGCGAUGUGUCAGCGUGCACAGCGCCAUCGACGACGCUGUUGACGGGAACCUUUACGGCCGAGCACGUAUAGAGAUAACUUGCACGCCGUCUUUAGCGACGAUUGGAGCAGUCGUGUUUCAGCUUCUGGUGACGACGACGACACUGUCAGCAGCAGCCCCGACCCCGAUAGCCCUGCCUGGUUGCCCGGAAAGCUGCGGCGGCAUACAAGUGCCGUACCCUUUCGGCAUCGGCGACGGGUGCUCCUACCAUGGCUUCAACCUCACAUGCGACGACGAGGCGCACCACCACCAGACGCCGCCCAAGCUGUUCAUGGCCACAGACAACGGCACCGUCGUCCAAGUGCUCAACAUCUCCUUGCCGGACGGCACUGUACGCGUCCGCAGCAAGCUUUCGCAGUCAUCUAUUGCCGGCUCCUCCUCCUCCUCGUCUAAUGCCUCGUCGUCACGGUCCGACCUACCGGCCGACGGGCCGUUCACGGUGUCCUCCGCGUAUAACUGGCUGGUUGCCUUCGGCUGCAACAUCGUGGCCGACCUUACCCCGUACGGCAAUAUCGCCGACGGCAGCAGCUGCGCCGCCACAUGUAUAGAUGGAUGGCAAAAUUUCGCAGGCCCCUCGUGCUCCGGCAUCGCGCGCUGCCGUACGUCCGUUGGGAGGGGUGUCCACUCGUACACGAUCCAGGUCACGUCUCUGAUAGACCGAAAUUCCAUGGGUGCCUCGACAUCGACGACAUGGGCAGCUGCGUUCGUAGCUGAGCAGGGCUGGUUCAGCGCGAAUGAGAAUGCCAUGUUGUACAACUUCACCAAUUGGCUGCCGUUCACGGUCGAGAGUGUUCCGGUGGUGCUGGAAUGGUGGCUGGAUUUGAUCCGUGAUGGAGCCAUACUGCCGUUGUCAGUUGGGCCCAAUACUACCGACUUUAGAUGCCUAAGCUUGCAUAGUUCAAGCUAUUACAACGAUCUAAACUACGACCGAAGACGGUGCAACUGUUCCCAAGGAUACGAAGGCAAUCCUUACAUCCGUGAUGGAUGCCGAGAUAUCGAUGAGUGCCAGCAGCCAGAUGUUUAUCCGUGUCAUGGAACAUGCAUCAAUAUGCCUGGGACGUACCGAUGCUUAGCAAAGAAAAGUGUCAAAAGCCUCCCAGGUUUAAUAACCAUUAUAGCAGUUAGUGCUGGUUUUGGGCUACUGUUUUCACUUCUUGGUGUUGCCAAAAUCACAAAUAAAAUCAAACAACGCAGAGCCAAGAAGUUGAGACGGAAGUUUUUCAAGAAGAAUCAUGGACUGCUUCUUCAACAAUUAAUAUCUUCAAACAAGGAUAUAGCUGAAAGGAUGAAGAUUUUCAGUUUAGAAGAAUUAGACCAGGCAACCAACAAAUUUGAUCAAAAUCGCAUUCUUGGGGGCGGUGGCCAUGGCACAGUCUACAAAGGUAUAUUAUCUGACCAACGUGUGGUGGCCAUCAAAAAGUCAAAAAUUGUGGUUCAAAGGGAGAUUGAUGAUUUCAUAAAUGAGGUUGUCAUACUUUCACAAACUAACCAUAGGAAUGUGGUGAAGCUAUAUGGUUGUUGCCUUGAGACAGAAGUUCCUUUAUUAGUUUAUGAGUUUAUAUCGAAUGGAACUCUUUCAUUUCAUCUUCAUGGCCAAAAUGAGAAUCCUUUGAAGUGGAAAGAUAGAUUGAGAAUCGCACUAGAAACUGCAAGGGCUAUUGCAUAUCUUCACUCGGCAGCUUCUAUAUCAGUGUUACAUAGAGAUAUCAAAUCUACAAAUAUACUACUCACUGAUACUAUGACGGCUAAAGUAUCGGACUUUGGAGCUUCAAGGUCAAUUUCAAUUGACGAGACAGGAAUACUCACCAUCAUCCAGGGCACUUAUGGUUAUCUAGAUCCUGAAUAUUAUUACUCUAGUCGACUGACUGAGAAAAGCGAUAUUUAUAGUUUCGGUGUCAUCCUAGCUGAACUAUUGACAAGGGUAACACCGGUUUUCUCCUCCGAAACAUCAGAAAGGACAAGCCUGGCAUCAUACUUUGUGUCGUUCAUAAGAGACAACCGCUUGUCAGAUAUUCUGGACUCUCAAAUUGUUAAUGAGGUGGGUGCUGAAGAUGCUAAGGUGGUUGCUAAGCUUGCAGAAGCAUGUUUAAGAUUAAAAGGUGAGGAAAGGCCUACAAUGAGGCAAGUGGAGACAACACUUGAAGAUGUGCAAAGGUCAAAAGUCCAACUUAAUCAUCAGAUUGCAAGAGUGAGCAAUAGUAAUACACUAAAAAAUCAGACGUACGAGGGAAGUAAGUGCUAUGAAGGAACUAGACAAUAUAGCUUGGAAAAGGAGUUCAUUCAAUCAUCUGAAUUUCCAAGAUAAUUUUGCUUUCAUGGAGGAAAAAAAUGUUGAGUGAAUAUAUUACUACUACUUAGGGUGCCAUACUACAACUAGAUGUCAUUUGGGAAUUACGGCAUAUAACGUUUAAUUGAAAAUAAAUGAAUUCAAUAUUCCUACUUUUAAACAUCACUGUAAUGCAAUAGUCUUGUGCAUUACUAUGGUGCUUGGUGUGCUGUCUCGAAUGAGCGAACUGAUUUUGAGGCACAAUGUCAUACCGAUUCCUGGCUUUCCCACCACUCGUCGGGGGCGAGAAUGGCCUGAGUGACCGGAUCACACGCAAGUCUGGUAGCCUUGGAUUCCAACCAAGUCCACGCGCGAGUCGAAAUUUUUGCGAGAAUUUACCCAGCGCCACUUCACUUGCUUCUUGAU